AUGAGUUCUGAAUACACAACUGAAACAGGCGAUACUGGCUAUACUGAAAGCGGAGAUACUGAAAAACAAGAAACAGAAACACCAGCCGAAUCAACACAAGAAAAUGAAACAACAGAAGAAAACGAAAAUCCAAAUCCAGAAGAAAAUGCCAAUACGGAAGAAAAAGAUCCUGAACAGGAACAAGAAAAGGAACCAGAACAAGAGGCUGAAAAAGAACCAGAGCCUGAACCGCAGCCCGAGCCAGAACCCGAACCUGAACCAGAUCCAUUAGAAGGACUUUGUUAUCAAGAUGAUCCAAAGCAACCAUUAAACCCAUACGGAAAUAAGUAUUAUUGGGAAGCACGUUAUAGGCAUGAUUCAACACCUCUUGAGUGGUAUCAUAAUAACGAAGCUUUUAAUGAAAUUUUUGAAGAAUUUGUUAAUAAGCAAAUGAAAGUACUUGUAAUAGGUAAUGGAAAUUCAGAAUUACCUGUUUAUUUACAAGAAAAGGGUGUUGAACAAAUCGAAGCUAUUGAUUUUUCGUCUUUCAUUACAAAACAAAUGAAAAAAGCACAUAAAGAUAAAGAAGGUAUUACAUUCAAAGAGAUGGAUGUCCGCGAAAUGAAGUAUCCAGCAGGCGAAUUUAUGUCUAUUUUGGAUAAAGGAUGCCUUGAUUGUGUUAUGUAUCUUGGAAUUGAACAAGUCAAUCAGGCUUUAUCAGAAAUAUCAAGAGUUCUUAAAAAGAGAGGUGUUUAUAUUUGCAUUACUACACAUCGCGAACAAGUAAUGAGAAAGAUCCUUGAUAAUCCAGCAGGUCUUUUACUUGAACUUGAAACUGUUAAAACAAUAGAGAAACCGCUUCCGUCCGACACGCCAAUUUAUGUUUAUAUUCUUCGUAAAAUUGGCAAGCUUCUUACAUAA